UGUUCUCUUGACCAAAGAUGUUUAAGCUUACUACUAGAGUUGAACAUGUGAAGACCCACCGUGCCAACGUACGACAGAGGUACAUUGACCAAUAAAUAAUGCCAUCAAGCAACACCAGUUGCAGACACAAUGGGCAAUUUUCCAAUGAGAUUGAUUCUGGACCAAGGCCGAGCCAUGUGUGUACUGCAUAGAUAGAUUCCGAGACACACAUGCAUCCAGCAGCCGGGAAAUUGUCCGGCAUGGGCGACGUGGCUGGUUGAUUGGUCUAUAAGAGGAGAGUCAAGGCUAUGUGCUUCUUUGUUCCAUGAGUAGUUCAUUCAUCUAUGCCACUCGGCUGCGUUUGUAUUUAGGUAGGUAGCUAGUCCACUCCUUGAGUACUCUUGGGCAGCUGGGCGAUGAGCAUGGAACCAUCUAGGGUCGUAACUUGCGGCCCGGGUUGGUCCAUGGAAGAAGCAGCUGCUUGGAGUAGUGAUGAUAGAAUUAGUUUCCAAACAUCAUUGCCUAGCCAUAGUGAUAGCGUGCAGCUGCAGGUGGUUGAGUAUGCAGCCCCAGCCCCAGCCCCAGCCACACACGAUAAGGACUGUAGUUAUCCAAUCCAGGUGUUCAAGGAAGCAGAGCAAGCGUUCCAUGCUGACUAUUCCCUUGACAGUAUGGAACAGAAGAUACACAGGUUCCCUCCAAGCCUGGUGGAUGUCCUCGACCGGUACAAGGUCCCGGUGACUGUGGCCAUCGGCCCUUACCACCACGGUAGUCAUUCCGGCGUGAUGGAGGCGGAGAGGGUGAAGCAUAUGGCUGCUAACCAAUGUAUCAAGGACUCAGGCCGCUCACUCCAGGAGAUGUACAACGAAGUCUCCUUCGUGUCACAGGUCGCCCGCAGCCGCUACUACGACGUGGCGAGUCUCAGGGAGGACGACUUUUUGCCGAUGAUGUUCUUUGAUGCUUGCUUCUUGGUGCAGUUCAUGCGUAGUUAUGACGAGGACAGCGGCCACAUGGAUGACGCGUUGCUCGGCUAUUUCUACGCCAACUUCGAGCGCAUCUACACUGACAUCAUGAUGCUUGAGAAUCAGAUCCCUUGGGUGGUGGUUAAAACCAUCUUGAGCUUCAUGCUGCCAGAGCCCUCUCUCUGGCCCUUGAAGAAGUUCAUCGUUGCGAUGAGAAGCUGCCUGAAAAACCAAGGCGAUGAGAAGCAAAUCGAGAAGGACGACAUCAUCGUAGAUCCUGGCUAUGAACCGCCGCAUCUCCUCGGCCUCGUCUGGUUCUACAUCGUGGGAGAAAACAAGAAGGGCGAGAUGCCCAUUGGAGACCAGCCCAUGUCAUUAUCUAUGAGCGUCGCCGAGCUUCUCGACGUUGGUAUCACGCUCGUACCAAAGACGGAAACAGAAGCAGGGCUAGUGGACAUGGGCCUUGAAAGGAAACAUCACUUCUUCGGCGUUCUCUCCGUGCCGCCCCUGUGCCUGACUGACGCAAAUGCGACCUGGCUCGUCAACAUGGCGGCCUUCGAGUUAUGCAGGACCUCAGAUUUCGAUGAAAUUGAUGAUGGAAAUUCUGCUGUCUGCUCUUACCUCCAACUCUUCGUCAUGCUGCUGGACAAGAAGCAGCACGUGCAUGACCUGCGAGAAAGAGGUGUCAUCCAAGGAGGAGGACUCACCAGCAGUGAGACGCUCCUCUUCUUCAUUUGCAUUGGCAAGAACAUGCGGGUCGGAAGGAACUACCUCAAGAUAAUGGUAAAGGUCGAGGACUUCAAGCAGAAGAUGACAUGUUGUGUCAAGCUGUGGCUCUCCAUUAAGAAGAACAGGACUAGAAUCGUGACGGUGAUUUCAGCCAUUGGUGUAGUUAUCGGCAUCUUGUCGUCGCUCCCAGCUCUCAAGCCACGCUAAGACGUACCGGACAUGAUUCUAGUACCAUUAGCAUGCAUGUUCUACUUGUACACCUUACUAUUCACAUUG